GCGCCAGGCCAGCCAAUAGGUGGGGGCGUUACUGAGGGCUGGCGCGCGGGUCGGGAGAUGGCAGCGGCGUUCCGGUGGGGCCCGGCGGCCGCCCGCCACAUGAAGCCGGGUGGCUCGUGCUCCUCCGUUAGGCGGCCGUAAAGCGCCGUUACGGGACGUUACUCCUGGCGCCGGCCGAGCGUUCAGCUACGGCUCCGCCCCGCCGGGUAGCCGGCGCCGGUCCUGUGGAGGGGCGGGGGUGACGCCUCCCCUCCCCGCUCCCGGCGCGGAGCCCGGCGCCGUGUCACAGCGGCAGGAAAUGGCGAAUGAACGGGUGACCAGCUGCAGGCAAUAAAGGACCCACGAUACCCCCCUACUCCCCAUUUCAGCCCCCAGUAGUACGAGGUGGGGCAGCUCCGCAGGGAGGGGUUGCGUUUGCCCUCCUCUCCCCUCCCCAGCUCCGGCCGCCCUUCACGGCACUCGCGCAGCCCCGGUUCGCGCCGCUCCCUGAGGCGGCGGGCUCUGAAAGUUAAAGGUCCGCCUUGGGAGAGGCUUCGGCCGACAGGAGGCCUUCCCCGGGCGGCGGUGGGUCGGGAACGCCGAGCGGUUCCCCGGCGCGGAGAACCAGUCAGGCCACCGGGCCCCUCCGCCUCUGCCGGGAGCAUCAGCGGCUGACAGGGGCCGGAAGGGGCGGCGCGGCGGCGUUGGGGCCCAGCGGCAGCUGGCCGUUGCGGCGGCGCCGGGCGGGGAGAGCCCCGCUGCGGAGCGGAGAUGGCGGACGAGGCGCUCUUCCUGCUGCUGCACAACGAGAUGGUGGCGGGGCUGUACCGCGCCGCCGAGCAGGGCGAAGGGGAGAACGGGCGGUGCACCACCAAGCUGGAGAGCAUGGGCUUCCGCGUCGGGCAGGGGCUGAUUGAGAGGUUUACAAAAGAUACUGCCAGGUUCAAGGAUGAAUUAGAUAUUAUGAAGUUCAUUUGCAAAGAUUUUUGGACAACUGUAUUCAAAAAACAAAUAGAUAACCUAAGGACUAAUCAUCAGGGUAUUUAUGUCCUUCAAGACAAUAAAUUUCGUCUCUUGACACAAAUGUCUGCAGGAAAGCAGUAUUUAGAACAUGCACCAAAGUAUUUAGCAUUUACCUGUGGACUAAUCAGAGGAGGCCUAUCGAAUUUGGGAAUAAAGAGUAUUGUAACAGCUGAAGUUUCAUCAAUGCCAGCAUGUAAAUUUCAGGUGAUGAUACAGAAGAUGUAGAGCACAUUCAAAUCUGGGUAUCUACCUUAAAAAUCCUUUGUCCGUGGAUUCAGUAUCUUGGUUCAGCUUUGUAUGUAGCUUGUAAAUUAUAGCAGUGUGCAGCACAAUUCCAAAACACAUAAUAAACGUUCAUGAAAAUAA